AUGAAGAGCACUCUCCUCACCGCGGCCGUGCUGUUGGGCGCGGCCCAGGCCGAAGUCCACAAGCUGAAGCUGAAGAAGGUCCCCAUCGAGGAGCAGCUUAACUCUGUUCCCAUCGAGCACCAAGUCAGACAGCUCGGCCAGAAGUACAUGGGCGCCCGCCCUGACAGCCAUGCCGAUGCCAUGUUCAACCAGAAGCCCUUCACAAGCACUGGCGAGCACCCCGUGCCUGUGAGCAACUUCAUGAACGCUCAGUACUUCUCCGAGAUCGAGAUCGGUACCCCUCCCCAGACCUUCAAGGUUGUUCUGGACACUGGUAGCUCCAACCUGUGGGUUCCUUCCCAGCAGUGCGGCAGCAUUGCAUGCUACCUGCACUCCAAGUAUGACUCUUCGUCGUCGUCCACCUACAAGUCCAACGGCUCCGAGUUCGAGAUCCACUACGGCUCUGGCAGCUUGACUGGUUUCGUCUCCCAGGAUGACGUCUCCAUUGGCGAUCUUAAGAUCAAGAAGCAGGACUUUGCCGAGGCCACCAGCGAGCCUGGCCUUGCCUUUGCCUUCGGCCGCUUCGACGGCAUUCUCGGUCUUGGUUACGACACCAUUUCCGUCAACAAGAUUGUCCCCCCCUUCUACAACCUUGUUAACCAGAAGGCUAUUGACGAGCCUGUCUUUGCCUUCUACCUCGGCGACACCAACGAGGAGGGCGAUGAGAGCGAGGCUACCUUUGGUGGCCUCGAUGACUCUCACUACGAGGGCAAGAUCACUUACAUCCCCCUCCGCCGCAAGGCUUACUGGGAGGUCGACCUCGAUGCCAUUACCCUUGGCGACGAGACCGCUGACCUUGAGGGACACGGGGCCAUCCUUGACACCGGUACUUCUCUGAACGUCCUCCCCUCUGCUCUUGCUGAGCUGCUCAACAAGGAGAUCGGUGCCAAGAAGGGCUACAACGGCCAGUACUCUGUUGAGUGCUCCAAGCGUGACGAGCUUCCCGACAUCACCUUCACUCUCUCUGGCUACAACUUUAGCAUUUCCGCUUACGACUAUGUCCUGGAGGUCUCUGGCAGCUGCAUCUCUACCUUCCAGGGCAUGGACUUCCCCGAGCCGGUCGGCCCCCUUGUCAUCUUGGGAGAUGCCUUCCUGCGCCGGUGGUACUCUGUUUACGACCUCGGCAAGAACGCCGUUGGUCUGGCCAAGGCUAAGAAAUAA